AUGCUGCGCUCCAUAAGCUCGCGGUCCGCCGUUAGCCGCUUCGGUCUUGCGCCAUCGCGAUCAGCUCAGAUCAGCGCAGCGCUUCCGUCCACCGCCGCCACCCGCUCUUUCACCCACCUCUCGGCCUCUAGAUCGCAGAUCGCAUCCUCUUCCAGAUCCAAUGCAGCCAAGCUCGCUCUCAACAAGUCGGCACUGUCCCUGCAAUUAAGGCAGUAUGCGACGCCUGCCGAGGACGGUGACAAGAAGAAGAAUUCUGCCCAGGAGCAUGACGACGACGACAAGAAGAAGAAGGAGUUCGAAGAGUCUGUAGAGCGCGGUCUCAAGGAAGCGCGCCAGGGCAAGGCGGGCGGCAGCCUUCCCGAGAACCUCAAGCAGUUCUUCGACAGCGAUGACAAGAAGGCGCGAGCCUCCAAGAGCGACAAGGAACCUGCGCGCGACGAGGAUGACGAGGUCGCCGAGAAGAAGAAGAAGAAGGCCGACAAGUCGUCAGGUGCCAAUGGCUCCGCCGGCGGCGGUCCCAACGGCCAGUACACAGAGAUCCGCAUCAACGCCAACACCAUCUUUGCCACCAUCGUCUCCACCUACCUUCUCUACCGCCUCACCUCGCCCGACCAGCCCAGCCGCGAGAUCACGUGGCAGGAGUUCCGCACCGCCUUCCUCGACAAGGGCCUUGUCGAUCGUCUCGUCGUAGUCAACCGCUCCAAGGUCAAGGUCUACCUCCACUCGAACGCCACCGGCUCCAUGUACCCUUCGUCCGGCGGCUCGAGCAGUCCGGCGAGCGGCAGCGGCCACGCGGCCUACUGGUUCAGCGUCGGCUCGGUCGAAGCCUUUGAGCGUCGUCUCGACGAGGCUCAGCGCGAGCUCGACAUCCCCGGCAACGAGAGGAUCCCCGUGGCCUACCACGAGGAGAUCUCCACCGCAUCCACCUUGCUCCACUUCGCUCCCACCCUCCUCAUUGCCGGUCUCCUCUUCUGGAUGUCGCGACGAGCUGCUGGUGGCGCCAUGGGUGGCGGUGGAGGAGGCGGACCUGGCGGCAUCUUCGGCAUCGGCAAGAGCCGCGCCAAGAUGUUCAACCAGGAGACCGACGUCAAGACCAAGUUCAAGAACGUCGCCGGCAUGGACGAGGCCAAGGAGGAGAUCAUGGAGUUUGUCAAUUUCCUCAAGAAUCCCGAAAAGUACGAGAAGCUCGGUGCCAAGAUCCCGCGAGGUGCCAUCCUGUCCGGCCCCCCCGGUACGGGUAAGACGCUGCUGGCCAAGGCGACCGCAGGCGAGGCCAAGGUGCCGUUCCUGUCCGUGUCCGGUUCCGAGUUCGUCGAGAUGUUUGUCGGUGUCGGUCCGAGCCGAGUGCGAGACAUGUUCGCCAACGCCAAGAAGCACGCGCCCUGCAUCAUCUUCAUCGACGAGAUCGACGCCAUCGGCAAGAGUCGAGGCAAGGGCGGCAACUUUGGCGGCAACGACGAGCGCGAGUCGACGCUCAACGAGCUGCUCGUCCAGAUGGACGGUUUCGGCACCGAGGAGCACGUCGUCGUGCUCGCGGGUACCAACCGACCGGACGUGCUCGAUGCCGCUCUCAUGCGACCCGGCCGAUUCGACCGACACAUCGCCAUCGACCGCCCCGACAUUUCGGGACGCAAGGACAUCUUCCUCGUGCACCUCAAGCCGCUCACGCUCCACUCGUCGACGGAUCGCGAUCUGCUGGCGGAGAAGCUGAGCACGCUCACGCCCGGCUUCAGCGGUGCGGAUGUGGCCAACGUGUGCAACGAAGCGGCGCUCAUCGCGGCGCGCGGCGGUGCCGAGUCGAUCGAGGAGCACCACUUUGAGCAGGCGAUCGAGCGAGUCAUCGCUGGUCUCGAGAGGAAGUCGCGCGUGCUCUCGCCCGAGGAGAAGAAGACGGUGGCGUACCACGAGGCGGGCCACGCUGUCUGCGGCUGGUUCCUCGAGCACGCCGAUCCGCUGCUCAAGGUGUCGAUCAUCCCGCGUGGCGUGGGUGCGCUCGGAUAUGCACAGUACCUGCCCAAGGAGCGCUACCUGUUCUCGACCGAGCAGCUGCUCGACCGCAUGUGCAUGACGCUGGGCGGACGUGUGUCGGAGGAGAUCUUCUUCACCACCAUCACCACAGGUGCGCAGGACGAUCUGUCCAAGAUCACGCGCAUGGCGUUCGAGAUCUGCGCGUCUUACGGCAUGAACAAGGAGCUGGGUCCGAUCAGCUACCGUACGGAGCAGGAGUCGAUGCACAAGCCGUAUUCGGAGCGCACGGGCGAGAUGCUGGAUCUCGAGGUGCGCAAGAUGGUCUCGGAGGCGCACAAGCGCACCACGCAGCUGCUGAGCGACCACCGCGCCGACGUGGAGAAGGUGGCGAAGCUGCUGUUAGAGAAGGAGGUCAUCACGCGCGAGGACAUGCGCAACCUCCUCGGGCCUAGGCCGUUCAGCCACGCAGACGAGGCAGACCAGUACCUGGACAAGAAGGGCAUGCUGAAGCGCAAGGGCGAGAGCUCGGCUCCGCCCCCGCCGCCCGAGGACCUGCCCACGCCCGGCCUCGCUGCAUCCAAGGUGCAAGACCCGAAGCUCUAG